CAGUGGAUGGCUUCGCAGCAAAAGCGUUUUGAGCAAUGGCUCAUGUGCAUCACAGCAUCCUGUGGCUUUCCUCUCACUUGGCUAACUAAUCCAGAGGUCCUUUUAUUUAUGCAGGAGUUUGUUUACAUCGCCACCAUUGUGCCUACACGCUAUACUCUCACACGCCGGAUCCUUCCCCAAACUCUCGCAGAUCUUCGUGCUGAAAGAGACAGAGUGAUCGCUGGCCUCAAUCAUCAAAAUGAUACCUUACAGUUUGACAGCUGGACAGCCGUGAAUCAACAUCACUAUGAUGCAUUCAUGCUAAGCUUGGCUAGCCAGGUGUACUCGGUCAAGGUGUAUAAUGUUUCGGCUGACCGGAAGUCUGGCGACAGGCUUUUCCAGCUUGUUGAGAAGGUUUUAUAUAUAGUGGAGACUUACUGGAAGGUUGAAGUUGUUGGUGCAUGUUCAGAUGCUAGGCCCGAUGGUGCCAAGGCAUGGUGCAAACUGCUUCGCGCACGCAAGGAUAUAAUUUUUCUAGACUGCUACUCACAUCAGGUAAUUUUAACCUUUUGA